GCCGCCCCCGGGCUGCCCGCCGGCCGAGCUAAGCCGGGUAAGAGGGUUAAGUAGCCCGAUUUGGCUCCUGCCGCGGAAGGAUGGGGCUGGCCCUGUGCCACCGCGGUGGCCCUGGCUGUACGGGCGGCCAGGCCGGGGCCGUGCCCCCGGUGUGCCCCGGCACCGGGCCUCGCAGGCCCCACCUGCAGCGCAGCCCCGGGAGCUCGGUGAGGCCAGGGCCCGGCCGGCCGCCCGCCGUGGGACACAGGCCGAGGAGAGCAGGGUCUGCCCCUGCCUGUCACCCGCCACACCGUGACGGGGACAUGGUGUCCCCAUGGGACAGGCUGCACCCCGCACUGUGUGGGCACCGGGUGGCUCAGGGUGCCGAGGGCCCCGCAGUGCCCGGUGCAGCUGCCUAGCUGCUGGGGCAGGAGCCGAAGCGCUGCCACCAGAAAACUUGGCAGCAGGAUGUGUCCCUGCCGGAGGUGGCUGUGUGGCAGUGGCUGCAUCCCGGGGGCCGUCUGUGGGCACGCAGGGCUGUGGGUGCCAGGACCGUGCCCCCCUGCCCGGCCGCACAGCUGCCAGGGCCGCCUCGGCAGCCGGCCAGCCCCGCUGCCACCUGGAUGCUGCCUGUGUCUGCCAGUGCUGUGCCAGCUCCUCCGCCUCCUGUGCCUGCUGUACCACGCACCACACCUGCCUCUGUGGCAGUGUCUGGGGCCUUUUCCCCACCCCGUUCCUGGCCUCCCGCUGCUGCUCCACGUGCGGGGAUGUGCAUGGGGAUGAGGCCACCUGAGAUGUCCCGUGGGAUCCCGGGGUGGGCUGACCGCAGCCAGCAGCCUGGCACCCACACCAGUGCUCACGUUCCCCCCACACCGCAGUGUGAAGGGGAGAGAAGAGGAAGAGCAAAAGCAAAAAAAAAAAAAAGUCAUGAGCUGAGAUAAAGACAGAUUAACCUGUGAAGGAAAGGGGAAAACCAAACCCAACCCCAGCGCCGUGAAGGCAGGCGCUCAUCGCCUCCCACCAGCGGCCCAGUGCCCAGCCAGUCUCCAAGCAACAGCCGUGCUGGCAGCCAAAACCCUUCCUCUGCCUCCAGCCUCAGCGCCAAGGACAACGCUGUGUCACCGACUGUCCCUUUGGCCGCCAGGGUCAGCUGUCCUGGCUCUGUGCCCUCCCACCUCCUGCCCACCCUUGCCUUCUGGCUGCGGGGGAGAGCAGGAACAGGGAAAGCCCCGGCCGGGGGGGUGAGCCCUGUGCAGCCGCAGCCCCAACACCCACACCUCGAGCUGCCAAGGAGCUGAGGGAGGGUGACGCCAGACCAGCAAGCCCCCGCACAGGGCCUCUGCGGUGGCAACGUGCCCCCUGCCUCCCCCGGCUUUUCCCCAGCUCCUGCCCACUCUAGGGAGGUCUUGCUUCCCAGCUGGAUGCACCUCAUGCCAUCCUCCUGCCCCGCGGGGUGCCCGUGUCCCUUGGGUGCCUUGGUGCCCGUGGGUACCUUUGCACCAUCCCAGCCCUUUGGUACCCCCAUGACCCCCAGCCACGCUGCACCACGGCACCGCUCUGAGACCAGCCAUCCCCACACAGGGGACAGCACCCCGUGGUUCCCCACAUGCCACCCGUGCCCCAGCUGGCUGCCGUGGCCUCAUCCUGCCCAACGAGGGGCCAGGGUCCCAAGCAGGCAUCUCCAUGGCCAGGGAUCAUUGGUGGACCCUGGACAGGCUCCCCACAGAGUACCCCGCUGGUGGCUGCCAGGAGGUAGCAGUGAGCAGAUGGUGGGGCGGGCCGAGCCGACAAUCCCCCUAAUCCCAUCAGGGUGGGGGGGGGGCAAGCAAAGCCAAGCCGGGCCAUGGCGGGCACACGGGCACACGGCCGCCUUCUGCACUCCCUACUCUGCCAGCUGUGCUGUGCCUGCGGCUGUGGCUGCAGCUCCUGCCGCGGGCUCCGUGUGUCCACAAGCACCCGCAUCCUCUACACGCUACUGCAUGUCCUGGCCUCUGCUGUGUGCUGCCUCAUGCUGUCCCGCACCGUGGCCCAGGCCAUUAGGGAGAAGGUGCCCUUCUCGGUGGUGCUGUGCGAACACCUGCCUGUGGGCACAGACUGCGAGCGGCUGGUGGGCUCCUCGGCCGUGUACCGGGUCUGCUUCGGCACCGCCUGCUUCCACCUGGCGCAGGCUGCCCUGCUCCUCAACGUGCGCUCCAGCACCGACUGCCGUGCUCAGCUCCAAAACGGGUUCUGGCUCCCGAAGCUGCUGGUGCUGGUGGGGCUCUGUGCCGCCAGCUUCUUCAUCCCUGAGGACACCUUCAUCCGAGUCUGGCACUACAUGGGUGUCUGCGGGGGCUUCGCCUUCAUCCUCAUCCAGCUGGUGCUGAUCACUGCCUUUGCACACACCUGGAACAAGAACUGGCUGACCGGCGCUGCGCAGGACAAGUGCUGGUACCUGGCCAUGCUGCUGGCCACGGCCGCUUUCUACACCCUUGCCUCUGCCGCCUUCUCCUUCCUUUACAAGUACUACACCCACCCCGCUGCCUGCCACCUCAACAAGGCACUGCUCACCAUCAACGGCAGCCUCUGCGGCGUCAUGUCCUUCAUCUCCAUCACACCCUGCGUGCGGCUUAAGCAGCCGCGGUCAGGGCUGCUGCAGUCCUCAAUCAUCAGCUGCUACGUGAUGUACCUCACCUUCUCUGCGCUGUCCAGCCGUCCCCCGGAGAGAGUGCUCUACAAGGGGCAGAACCUCACCGUCUGCUUCCCGGGCGUCCGGCAGGACGAGCUGCAGGCAGAGGACACCACCGUCGCUGUCCUGGGGGCUGCCAUCAUGUACGCCUGCGUGCUCUUUGCAUGCAAUGAGGCCUCCUACCUUGCCGAGGUCUUCGGUCCCCUCUGGAUGGUCAAAGUGUACAGCUUCGAGUUCAAAGAACCCUCCUGCUGCUUCUGCUGCCCCGAGAAGAUGGAGGAAGAGCUGAGAGGUGCUGAGCAGACGUGUGAGCAAGUAGAGGAGCCUGCCAGGGGACAGUGCCUCAUCCAGGACGAGCGGGACCGGGUGGUCUACAGCUACUCAGCCUUCCACUUCGUCUUCUUCCUCGCCUCGCUCUACGUCAUGAUGACCCUCACCAACUGGUUCAGCUACGAGAACGCCGUGCUGGAGACCACCUUCACGCAUGGCAGCUGGUCAACCUUCUGGGUGAAGGUGUCCUCGUGCUGGGCUUGUGUCCUGCUCUACCUGUGGCUGCUGCUGAGCCCCCUCUGCCUCCACAGCUCCCCCCAGCACCAGCGUGGCAGGCCAGCCCUGCGUGUCCUGCGACGACGACGGGCUUCACAGCGCAUCAACGUCUCCACAUAGUCCCUGCCAGGACAGACUGUGCUCAGCCCCGCAGCCGGCAGCAGCCAGGGCUGAUCCCUGCCGUGCCCUGUGCCUGCGCCCUGGCCCUGCUGGCCUCCCCUGACACCCUGUCCCAGGAGACAGUGGCAUCUGAGAGCGCUGGGGGGUGACCCGAGGGGGGGGUGCUCCCAGGGACACUGGUCCUGGCUGAGCCGGGGACAGCUGGAGCGAGCCGGGUGGUGGGUGCUCAGCCCCGGCUCCCCCUGGGUUGGGGGCAGCUGCUGUUGCACACCAGCUCCCAGCCCAGCCACCCCAGCCCUGGGGCCGCUGGGGGAGCGAGGGUCUGCCCCAGCCACCUCCGUGGCUCAGCCCACCCGCUGGCCACGUGCUCAUUGUAAAUAGCUCCUUGAAUACAUUUUUAUAUAAAA